CAAAUGUCAAAUGCAAAUAAAAAAGAAGAAUUUAAAAAUGGUUGAUAAAUAAUCUAGCUUGAGUUGUUAUAAAAUUUGUAACUAACCGGUUUAAAAGGAACCAUAUUGCACAGCAGUGGUUAAUUCACAAACAUUAUCUAUUUCUUUUUGGAAAAUUAGAUCCCUAACGAUGGCCGACAAAUUGGAAGAAUUGUACCAAACAUACAGUCGUUUAUCCAGCGCCGAGGAUAUUUCAAAGCUUUCUAAAGAAUAUUUGGAAUGUAUUAGCCAUAGAGAGGGUAGUGCAAAUGAGAAGAAAUUGGUGACUCAAAUUAUUGGGCAGUACUUCAAACAUUUUCCACAGCAAGAAGACAUAUCUGUGGACGCUCUUAUAGAUAUAUGCGAAGAUAAUGAUCCAUCGACACGAAUAAGUGGAAUUAGGGUAUUACCUACAAUAUGCAAACAAUCUAAAAGACUUGUCCACAAAAUAGCUGAUAUUCUUAUACAAUUAAUGAUGGUAUUAGAACAACAAGAAUUUAAUGUUACUUGUAAUUCUUUGAGUCAAGUAUUCAGGGCAUACCCAGAAAAAACAUUAAAUGUUUUAUUUGUUUACAUAUUUAAACUUAAUAAGCCGAGUGCCAGAGAGGAUGUGGUUAAAUACAUAUACAAGAAGCUUGUAACAUUGGAUCCAAAUAUUACAGCAAUAUGUAUGGAUUUACUUAUAGAGAAAGGGAAAAAAAUAUUAGAGGAUUCCACUGUUACGGAGUUUUUAACUGUAAUAUCAUUUUUAACAACCACUAAACUCACACAAACAACGACUGGGCAACAGGAAUUGCUUAAUGCAAUAGAACAGAGAGCAAAACUUGACCAAGAGUUUGAUGUCGAAGAGAACAACUGUCAUCGACUGAUAAUAUGUACCGAACAUGCUUUGCCACUUUUCAGUGCAUCGGUUGAGUCAACAGAGUUUGUAAAAUUUUACUGUCAAGAAGUAUUAUCAAAAUGGGAUGCGCUAGCUGACAUUAAAGAUGGCGAAGAAUCAGUACAGCCUCAGCUUUUACAACAACUUGCUGCACUAUCUGCUUAUUGUGGUAAAUUGGAAACACCUUCGUCAUAUGUUGUGCAUAUUUUUGAUAAAUUAAAGCGGUACAUGCCCCUACCACCAGAAGAUGGAAAUAUAGACAAAAUGCCAAAUUUAGACUUCACUUCUGUAGAAUGUUUACUCUACGCCUUCCACAGACUAGCAAGACAGUCGCCCGAUUUCCUGACAGCUGAUCCAGCCGUGCUCAGAGAUUUUAAAUCUAGGCUGACUUACUUCUCCAGAGGAGUGGCUGGAUGUUUACGAUCUCUCGAAAAGUUGCAGGAAGGCGAAAAGAAGGACGACAAAAAAAUUAAAUUGGCGCCAGUAGUGUUGGCUAACAUCAAUACUUUGAUUAAAGAUUUGCUUCAUCCGACUCCUAUAUAUAAAUGCAAUGUUCAGUUGUCAUUUAGAAGUGCCACUACUAGUUCUAAGAAGGAGGAAGAAAAACCGACAACUGCCCAAAAAAGACAUACGCCUAUAGAGUUUGACUCUAGUAAUGCUUCCAAUAAUAAGCAAAUGCGAACGAAUAAAGGUUCUGAAAGCAUGAAGUUGUACUCGCCACCUAGUGGGAAAUUCAGUAAUAAUUUCAAAAGUUACAAUCAUCCACGUGGCAGUGGUAGGGGAAGAGGCGGAAGAGGAAGGAGAGGUAGUUCGAGAGACUGGAAGAACUAAGAUUUUCGCAAAAUUUUCACGUUAUUUCAAACUUUCCAUAGCUUUGAAAAAGUCGACUUGCAACCAUAUUGAUGGAAUAUAGCAUUCACGUUCUAGUGAGUAGAACUAUUGAGUGCGCUCUUAUAAGUAAUGAAUUUUUCUAUCGUAUUUUAGUUUUUGGGAAAGGAUUCAAGUAGAGAUCAAAGUAGAUUUUAUUAAUCUAUGAAAAGUAAUAUUUUGCCUUUCCAAGAUUAAUUUUUUAAAAACUGGAAUAAUGAUGCGGCUGUAGUUUCGUGUUGCAACGAAAUUGAAAAUGGUUAUUCAUUUUUGAUUAAUUUUUUAGUCAACUUUUCCCGAAAACAUUUUUUGUUUUGGAAAUUAUUUCCAAUUUUGGAAUAAUCUUCCUUAACAAGAUAGCCAGUGUUAUAGCUGAUUUUCUAUCUAAACAUCCAUGAUGUUGAUUGCAUUUAUAAUUUUUUUUUGUCGUGAUUAUGUUUCGAAGUUUGUCCUGCAAACGUAUCGUUUUUUUGGUUUUAUUAAAAAUUCUCGUCUUUUUCUGUUGAUUUUAUAUAUUUUUUUGCUACUUUUUUCUGUUUUCUGCAAUGUUAUCUUUCGUAAACGUUCUAAUUUAGGUACUUUUCUGAAAGAUUGGUUAGAAAAACGACGAUUGAAUAUCUUUGUUUUAUAAUUUCAAAUAGUUGGAUCCAAAGCAUAUUAAUUGUGAAAUAUGUCCAUUGUAUAGAUGUUUACUUAAACAUGACAUAUUUCACCACGAUGUGGUGAAACAUGUCAUGUACAUAAUAUGCAGCUGUAUUUGCUAUAUAGCUGCAUAUAUGUAUUGUCUAGUGAAUAAGUGCCAAAAUGGAAAGGUAUUUCUUUAUUUACUUGUAACUUUUUGACUCUUCAUACACCACUUGGUAAUCCGUAACUUGUGUUACAGAUUCAAUGUUUUUGUUUUUAAUAAAAUACGAUAGAACUUUCAUUACUAAGAAUACACUUAUUUCACUUUUUUCUAGGUAAAGCAUGUAUGAUUUUGUUUGACGUAAUAUAUUUUGUUCUAUGACA